CAAUAAGAAGUUAUAGAGCUGGUCCACAGAGUUAACCUUUUUUCAAAUUAUGAAUAAAUUGUCUUUUGUUUAUAAAAAAAUUUAUACAAAUUUUUUCUAUAUAUAUAUUAAUAAUUGAAGAGAAUCAUAAAAAAACACGACGUCUUAGAAGAGAGGUCAUAAAUUUCUGUAUUUACCCCAUUUAAUGCACAAUGAAUAAAAAAAUCAUAACAAAAAUAACAUAAGAAGUUAUUGUGUGAAUUUUAAUGGAAAACUGAAGAAAUCAUAAUUUUCAUGACGGGAAUCCCAGAAAACCGUUCAAAGUAUUAGUUUUUGAUUAUCGCUCAAUUUUUAUACUUCGUUGACGGGAAGAACAAACUGAAAAACACAAAUCGAUAAUAUACAAUUGCAAUAUUUCUUAUGUGUUUCAACUGGUGAAUCAUUACUUUGAAUGACAGAAUGGUGCAGAAAUAUGUUGGUAUUGAUACAAAAAGCGAUAUGAUCUCGAAAGAAUCGAUUUUUUUGAAUUUGAAAGCGAUUUAGGAAGUGACAUCAUUGAAAUCAGACAGAAAAAGUCAUCGCCUGAGAGAGGAACUUCUUCUUUUGGAAACAUCAUGGUUCAUAUUAAACGUAAAGUUUUAUUCAAUGGGAGUUUGCUUAACUAUAUGAAAAAUGUAAGAUUCAGUUCAUCAUUAAAAGUUCAAGAUAAAGCACGCCCUCAACCGGAGUUAGAGAAUUCAUUCAAAUAUGCGGACAUAUCGGUUCGUUUAGCGCCACCAAAUUUACUUCAACCAAAACCGGAUGUUCGGGAUUUGGUAUUUGGAAAAUUCUUUACAGAUCACAUGUUCAAAGUUUUUUUUCAUGAAGAUUUAGGAGGAUGGCAAACACCAGAAAUCACUCCUUUAGAAAACUUAGUUUUGCACCCAGCAUGCAAAGCUUUACACUACGCCGUACAAGUAUUUGAAGGCAUGAAAGCUUAUCGUGGAAAAGAUGAUAAGAUUCGAUUGUUCCGUCCCGAACUAAAUGUGGAAAGAAUGAAUCUCUCAGCUCAACGAUUGGGUUUACCGACGUUUAAUAGGACAGAAUUCAUAAAAUGUUUAACCAGGUUAAUCAGUAUUGAUCAGGAAUGGGUACCACAUUGUGAAACUGCCAGUUUAUAUAUAAGACCUACUCUUAUUGGUGUGGAUCCUACAUUGGGAGUUGCAACAUCUCGUUCCGCGCUCUUCUAUGCUAUUCUUUGUCCAGUUGGAUCCUAUUUUCACAAGAAAGUCACCAAAGGUGUAUCGCUUCUUGCUGACCCGAGUUUUACAAGAGCAUGGCCUGGUGGCUGUGGUGAUCGUAAAAUGGGUAGCAAUUAUGCACCAACGAUUCAUGUUCAAGAGAAAGCAGAAGAAAAAGGUCUUCAGCAAGUUUUAUGGCUUUAUGGCGAAGAUAUGCAGUUAACUGAAGCUGGAACGAUGAAUAUUUUCAUGUUUAUUAUAAAUGAUGAAGGAGAAAAAGAAUUGAUAACUCCGCCAUUAAACGGUUUAAUUCUUCCUGGAAUUACGAGAAGGUCAAUUUUGAAUUUAGCUCUAGAAUGGAAUCAGUUCAAAGUAACGGAAAAAAAUAUAACGAUGGAACAAGUGUGCCGUUUAAAUUCUGAAAAAAGGAUAUUAGAAAUGUUUGGAGCGGGAACUGCCUGUGUGGUCAGCCCAAUAUCUAAAAUCAGUUUUCUCGAUCAGAAUAUAUACAUACCAACAUUAGAUCAAUUGAACCCUAUCCAUCCGAUGUUUCUCAAGGCUCUUUUAGACAUUCAAUAUGGAUAUAUACCCGAUCAUCCAUGGGUGUUGAAAAUCGACUAAUACAAGAAUUUAAUUCUUCUUAUGUUAGGACAAUCUGAAAAAUUCAGUAUAUUCUGAAUAGUUAACAAUGCGACCUAAAAGAUCGAUAUACACAAUAAUGUAAUUAUUUGCUAUCUUAUAGUCAAAUCCUCUAUUUUUUUUAUAAUUUUGAUAUUGAUAAUAAUAAAGAGACAUUGUAAAUAAUUAUCAAUAAUGUAAUGAAGCCCUAUCUCUAUCACAACUGUAAAUAUGUUUACUUGAAUUUUGUUCAUUUGUUAAUUUUUAUUCUA